CUGCGCCUUCGGGGGCGCCCCAUCGCGGGAGGGUGGUCCGCCUCUCCCCGGUCGCCUAAGGCAGAGAGGUGGCGGGAACCUCCACCUCUUUCCCGUUUCCGCCGCGGGCAGCGCGCCGGCCAGUGCCACCGGGAGGCGCGGUCGUCACUCCGCCCGCGCGCCGGGGGGGCCGGCCCUGUCGCCUGCGCCUUUUUCCCCCCCGCGCACACCGCGGCGGCGCGCGGCUACUCGCCAACCGCAGGGAGCGCGGUGGCUGCAGCACCCUGCGCUCGGAAGAUGGUCCCCGCGACCGGACAGCUCGCUCUGCUAGCGCUGGGUAUCCUGUUAGCCGUGUGCCAGGCUCUGGAGAACAGUACGUCCCCCCUGAGUGACUCACCCGUGGCGGCUGCAGUGGUGUCUCACUUCAACAAGUGCCCAGAUUCCCACACUCAGUACUGCUUCCAUGGAACCUGCAGGUUUUUGGUGCAGGAAGAGAAGCCAGCAUGUGUCUGCCACUCUGGGUACGUGGGUGUUCGCUGUGAGCAUGCAGACCUCCUGGCUGUGGUGGCUGCCAGCCAGAAGAAGCAAGCCAUCACCGCCCUGGUGGUGGUCUCCAUUGUGGCCCUGGCUGUCCUCAUUAUCACCUGUGUGCUGAUCCACUGCUGUCAGCUCCGCAAGCACUGCGAGUGGUGCCGUGCCCUUGUCUGCAGACACGAGAAACCCAGCGCCCUCCUGAAGGGAAGGACUGCUUGCUGCCAUUCUGAGACAGUGGUCUGAAGAUCCCAGAGGAGGAAUUUGGCCAGGCGGUCUAUGACAGCCCAACCAAGGAAAGGCGUCUUGGGACAACACCCCCAGCAAUGCCCAUGGGACAUGCCGGGAGACCUUCCCCCUUAGCAUACAACCGCCUGGGCAGGCUUCUUUCCUUUGAGAGUCUUCAAAACUGUGUGAUUAAGCUGCCUGCUGGGCUCGCUCGGUACAUCUAGAGAAGAGGCCGGUAGGCCACAUCUUAAAGACAAGUUGAACACGAACCUCAAAGGUCUGGCCUUCUUGCUAACCCACACUGAGAAUGAGCUGGGGUUGGUGUCUCCUGCCAGCCAUGGCUUCCAGACUGUUUCUUCUCCAUGGGCCAACUACCCCCCACAGAGACUCCAUGGUUGGUGUACAAAAUGGACAAGGGGAAACGUCUAUUGAUCUUUGAAGACACCAUGGCUUCCCAUGGGCCCUGACAUCUCCUCAAGCUGUCGUCAGGAUGCGUGUCUUAUUUAUUAGGUGGAUAAUGUGGUUUUAUUUGUAAUCUCUUUAUGUCAAUGUCAGGCGUCCAUGUUAGUGAUGCAUGAGUGACCGGCCAUGAAGUUACACCAAAUAGAAAUGUCCAGCCACUUUGAUAAAGUAAGGGGGCCGUAGAGACAGAAUUUAGAUGUGCAUCCUGCUGGGAACCAACCUGCUAUCCAGAGGCUGUGCCCACUCAGACAGGAAAGUCCCUAGAUACAUGCUGUAGCAAAGUUAGCAAGGCCAGUGGCAGAGAGAGUCCCCCUCGUGGGGACAAGAGGAAAAAAGAGCCUGUGUGGGCACCUAGGAAGGACACAUACCCCAACCCUUGAUUAAGUGGGUUAGUGUCCUCGUGAGCCCAGUUCCAGCAUCAGCAGUGAGCUGUGCGUCAAAUCCAUGAAAGGAACCAGCCCUUUAUUGGCUUUUGCUUGUUUUUAGAAGGAGAAAUUUGCCUUUCCUAUUUAUUUUCAAGCAUUAAGAAAAAUAGCCCACUGUUUUGUUUUGUUUCCCCUUUCAGAAUGUUGGCAUUAUUAACAAAAUCGCUACCAAGCCUCUCCACCCUUCUCUGGGGAAGGAAAUGUGUUCCCUGAGCACCUGAGGGUACUCUGACCCAUUGAGCCCACCCUUGUUCCUGGGCUGCUUGGGAUUGUCAGGAGACAGAAUAUAUUCAGUUGCUUAUUCUCCAACUCAGAAGUCUGCCCCCCUCCAUCCUCCAGGGCCUCUAAAGCGAGGCACGAGGAAAGGGGUAUUUGGCAUACCAAGUUGGUUUGAAGCUUCUAUCAGAAGGUUCUGCCUGUUCCUCAUUCUUCUCCAGUCCACCUUUAUGAAUUUUUCUCCUCUCAUAUGCUCUAGGCAUUGAUCUGCCCAGGUCUUAACCCUGGUACCCUUUGUUCACAAUGCCUGAAGCCCCAAAGGAAGAAAGUGGGACUGUUCAAUGCUGUCCUCGAACUACUUAGCUGACACAGCUCCAGGCAGAAGUUGUCACUUUUGUUAUUAUUUUGGUUUGAUGCUUUAUCAUGUUUUAUGGGACAAGGUCUUGCUGUGUAGCCCAGGUUAGCCUUUAAGUUAAGAUCCUCCUGCUUCGGCAUCCUGGGAGCUGGGCUUACAGAUGUGCACCACCAUGCCCAGCAGAGUCUUUGAUUACUAAAGAAAAGAGGUUAAGUUUGCUUUCCUUGGGUCAUACAUGUGGGUCAAGACCAAGUGUAGCCUACUGCUCAGACACCAAUCAACCUCACUGGACUUUAGCCCUCUAUUGGCCCCCAGUGCUCUCAGUAGACCCUGCCUGAAGUACUGGCUCACGGGGUGGGGGUGGGGCAACACAAAUGGAGGUACGGGGCUUGUUUUAGUUUAGUUCACACUGUUAGCUUCCAAUGAUAGGUCUUUUUUCGUCUGUUGGAGGCUCCUGGAUGUCUGACUUCUUUUAAAGAGUUUGAACUGAUAUCAAAAUAUCAGUGGGAACUUCCUCGAUUAAUAUCCCAUCCUGAAGAUGUUAUCAUCCAAGACUCAGCAGAGGUGGGAAAAGCUUAGUAGGAACACACGAUGGUGAAGGCAGAGGAUCUCGGGAGGUCCUCAGCUUUAGUCUCUGGACAUUCCGGUUCUCAGGUCCAGCCAGUCACAGUACUACCCCAGCCAGUCACAGCCAGUACUACCCCAGUGCCUGUACACAGAUGCAGCUGGCUCAGAUGUCUCCCAGAAGUGCCUUCCCAUCCGUCUGCCCUUGGCAGAGUCAGAGGCUGAGACUAGGUUGAGCAAGUCGAGUUGGACAUCGUCCCUGCCCCAACGUAUGACAGCCCCUGCUGCUUUGGCGACUUUGAUUUUGGAAGUCAGAUAAACGCUGUGUUCCUUCUCCUGUGCCAUGUCACAGCACAGAUGGGCCUGCUUAGCUGUUCCAGCGCCCUCCUGUCCAUUCACAAGGGCCCUCUCUUGAUAUUUAGUACAGCUACUGAAUCAGGAGCACUCUUAGCAGCCAGGCAGGUCAGAGGGCAGUACAGCUGAUCCAGUGACUCAGGGGACUAUGAACAUUCCAUUAAAUGAGCUGAAAUUAAUUCUAGAGACAUUGAGACAGCUCAGUUCGCAAUGGCACUUACCAAAAUCCCCGACAACCUGAAUUCAAUCCCCUAGGACCCCAUCUGGUGGAAGGAGAGAACCGGCUUGCCCAGGAUGUCUUCUACAUACACACGACACACAUGCAGGGGCAUGCUUGUACACACACACACACACACACACACACACACACACAUGAGUGCACACCAAAUCUAAUUUUUUUAAAUAAAAAUUAAUUCUAGAAAAGCCUCUACACCUCUAGCUGUAACUUUAAACACACCAUGGGACAUGUUUUCUCCAUGGAAAAACACAAUUGGAGACUCGGUCUGAAAUGAAAGAUAGAUGUCAGGUGGACAUACACAGAACCAAACCAUGAGUCAGUUUGUCAUGUGCCCCAGAAAAAUGUGGGAACAAUAAUCCCAACAUCCCUUCCCCCCCACACACACAGAAGGGGGGAAGGAGGCAUGGUUGAUACCCACCCACCUGCACUGGCAAGGGAACUGACUAUGUCCCUGAGUCCUGAUGGUGGCAUUGGUCCCGGCAAGUCCCCAGGCCAGGUUUCCUAGUGCCUGGGAGGCACUGGAGAGACCAGCAUCACUCUGACAUUGCCCACAGGCCCCAGUCCUACAGUGAGUAAGAAGCUUGUCUCUCUCCCAAGGCCAAAGGGAGGCCAUACCAGACAACACAUUUUUCACACAGGGUUUUACUCUCUAGCCCAGGCCAACCUUGAACCCAUGAUUCCCCUGCCUCAGCCGACUGGAUUACAGGUGCGCACCGCCAUACCUGGAUUAUAUUUGUUUUUUAAUGUUCUGGUAUAAGAUGUAUUCCCUGAAGCCAUUGAUCUAUCUCAAAGAUACAGUGUUGUAUGCACACAUGUGUGCAUGUACACACACACAACUGGAAAGUAAUUCCUCUCCACAGUGUAAUAAGUUUAUUAUAAGGAACCUGAUGCUGUUUUUAGAACUCAUCUUUCUGACUUCUGUAUAUGAUGCACUGAAGGUUAAUAUGUAAUGUUUUAAUUUAUUUUAUGUGGUAAGUUAAUUUUGGUUUUCUGUAAUGUAUUAAUGUGAUUAGAAGCUUUCUUCCUUAAUAUCUGAAUUAUACUUAAAGAGUAGUGAGAAAUAUAAGAUACUGUUGUGUUUUUCAGAGUGUAUAUUGUUACUCAGUUGUACCUUGUUUGGAAGGAUGAAGGAAUGAACUCUUUUUUUUUCCUAAAUCUCAAGACUGAAGUUUUUCUUUAAUGUGGCUGGAACAAA